UACUACUUACGUGUUUGAUUGCGAUGGGUUAACAUUAAAUUUCAAUUCAGGUGCUCAGAAUUUGUUUAUUUCAAUCAGUCAAUUUCUUGUAUAUUUUUCUUGAAUAGUCAAAAUUUGUUUAUUGAGUGUGAAAAUAUUAUAAAUAAUGGAUAAUAUUAUCAUGUUUUUCAGUGAAGUGAAUUUCAUCAAUAAAUCGCUCAUCAAUUUAAUUGUGGUUUUAUUGUUUUUUUUUGCGAUGAAAAAACUUUUCGAUUUGUUCAAUUAUUUAAACUAUUUUUUUAAACUUCCAAAGGACCCAGAAUGUUCAUUCCUAUUUGGUGAUUUACCUAAAUUUAAAUCUGCUUAUUGGGAUAGUAAAUUGUCAUCAAUUAACUUGGUCAAUUUUCUCACUUCGAAUGCUUCAAAUCACCAAAUCAAAUCGGGCUUACAUGCACUUUGGCGGGGAUGGUGGCCUUUGGUUGUUAUUAAUGACCACAAAUCUAUUGAGGCUUUGACAAGUAAAAGUCACAUAACUAAGCCCAGUUUUUAUGCAUUUACUGGACUAAAAGAUGGUUUGGUCGUUUCGUGCGGAGAAAAGUGGAAAAUGAGACGAAAAAUGAUUGAGCCUUUUUUCGUUAGUAAACAACAGAAAAGAUUUGCAGUAACUAUGGACGAAGUGUUUGAUUCGUUGAUAAAUAAGGACGAUUUUUGUGAAGAGGGAAAAUACUCAACGUUAGCUGAUCAAAUUCAUCUAUCAACAUUCGAUAUCAUCUUUAAAGUUACCGCAGAUUUACCGAUAGGCGCUGAAAGAGAGGAAAAACUUCAUGCAAUGGAAGCCAUCGAAUUCAUGGAAAUGAUUACGAUAGAGAGAGUGUGUAAUCCUCUUUAUUGGAGCGAUCAAAUUUUCUUUUCGACUAAAUUGGGUAGAAAAGCAACUAGAAUGACCAACAGAGCUUACAUAUUUGUCGAAAAUGUUGUUAACAGAAAUUUUCACAAUAAAAAUGAUGGAUAUGAUGAGUCGAGCACAUUUUCAUCAUUAAAUUUCGUGAAUAUGUUAGCUGGUUCUAGCAGAGGGAAAAUCGAUUCAGAAGGGAUCAGUGAAGAGCUGAUCACGACGGCCGCAGCUGGACACGAGACCACGGCCACUGCUCUCAACUUGAUACUGUUCAUAUUAGGGAAUCGUCUGGAGAUCCAAGAAAAGUUAUAUCAAGAAAUUUCAUCGAUGUUUGAUAAAAAUGAAUCUGCGAAUGAUAUUGAAAAGGUAAAUAAGUGCGAGUAUCUGGAUAAGUGUAUCAAAGAGUCAAUGAGACUUUACCCACCAAUACCAUUGAUUGCAAGAGAAUUAGAUGAACCAAUGGAGAUUAACAGUUACUAUUUGCCAAAAGGAACUACUGUCGGGGUCAACAUUUUCAGCAUUCAACGAGAUCCUCGAAUUUAUCCCAACCCGACCGAAUAUGAUCCAGAGCGUUUUGAUCCAUCAAAUUUACCAAACAUUCCCAAAGGAGCUUAUAUACCUUUCGGAGUAGCACCAAGAAAUUGUAUCGGUUAUCGAUUUGCUUUAAUCGAAAUGAAAAUUUUUCUUAUUCAUUUGAUAAGAAGAUAUGAAAUUUUCUCAGCCAAGAAACUCGAAGAGAUUUCUUUUAGAACGGAAUUCACUUUAAAACCUUCAUGUGCACUGGAAAUCAUGCUUCGAAAACGAGUCAGUUGUUCAUAAAGAACAUUAGCAAUUAUAUUAAUCCUUCAUAUUGGAUCACCGACAUUCGUUUGAUGCACAGCUCAGUAGAGCCAAAACUCGAAUCAACCCAUUGAGAAAGCCACUGAAGAUCAUGUUCCCUCUAUAAAUAAAUUCCAAUAGAGUUAAAAUCUUAUAUCGAUGGAAAACUUAGAAAUAAAUAACACAGUUCGAAUUAAUUUCACAGUUUUUCAUUCGAUUUCAAUAUAAUAUAAU